GUUCAUCGCCCCCGAAGGAAAGAAACCAGCGACCCCGGGGCAAGCAAAGCACCCGAGCCAUGGCGAGGCCUCGCAGCCGCCUCCUCGACCUGGAGAGGGACGACAUGUUCUACGGCACCUACCACAGUGCCAUCCGCGCGAUCGUCGUUUGGCCCAUCUUCCUCGCCGCCACCCUGCUCCUCCACCUCGCCGCCCCGUUCCCGCACGCCGCCGCCGUCUGUGCAGCGCUCUGCGGUGCCUACUACCUCCUACUCGACCGCCGCGCCGGCGCGCUUGCCGCCCUCAUUUGCUUCCUCUGUUGGGCCGGUGGCGGCGCACUGGCCGCCCGACUCGGCUUCUCCCCCGGACGUAAGAAGCGAGUCCCUCCUGCCGUUGACAACCUUGUCCAGGCUUUCCUCAUGGUCCCAUUCUUUGCGCUGCUAGAGGUUUUUCAAACGUUCGCCGGAGACGAACCCAAUCCUGGCUUUGACGCCACGGCGAGCAACUUGACCCAGGAGGCCAGGAAGGAAUGGGAGGACAAGAAAGCGAAGAAAAUGACAUGAGAUCGGUGUCAUCGUACGACUCCGGAUCAUGCAUAUAGGUCGACACAAGGUGCUGCUGUAGUGGUUGAUUAUGCUCAUGUAAUGUAGCUUCCUAACUGCUUACCGGCCUUUUUGUCUUUUCCCAUCAACCACUUGGCUGAUUGCGUUGUGUAAAAACUUGUGCAUCUUUGCAAUUCUCUCAAAUCACAAUGAA